AUGGCUAUCUUGUUUGGGAAGAAACGCAACCAGCUGGAACUCCCAAUCUCUAAAAGCAAACAAAAGCUAAGCCCGAAGCGCAGAGACAAUGGUUCGCAAUAUUGGUUAAAAUUGACCCAGUUUUGGAAAAAUAACAAUCGACUGCUCGUGGUGCUUCUGGUGAUAAUUGGUUUGCUUUCGCUGUCGCGAAAGCUGGUUUCAAAUUGGGGAGAAAGUGGUACUCGAGAACUGCAGGAUCUAGAGUACUACGACUUCGACUUUUUAGAGGCGGACAUGGAGGCUCUGCAAAAGUAUGACAAUGGUGCAGAUCACUUUUUGAUCACCAAAGGCGGGAAGGAUGUUUUGCAGCCAGGUGACAAAGAACUCUAUGAUCAAGAGAUAGAAAUGCUAUAUGGAUCCACUGUGCAAACUUAUAAUUUGGACGCCUUUCGCGGAACUACAGAGGGCGCAAAAAACAGGGAACACGUUCUUUUACUGGUACCUCUCCGUAAUGCCGAACGUGUUUUGCCACUCAUGUUCAAGAACCUUAUGAAUCUAACAUAUCCUCACGAGCUGAUAGAUAUAGCUUUUCUGGUCAGCGAUUGCACCGAAGAUGACAAUACACUAGGUGCUCUUAUAGAAUACUCUAAGGCAUUGCAGAGUGGGACCCUCUCGGAUCUUUUCGCCGAAAACGUCAGCAAUGAGCAACUGUUAAACGAAGAAGGAACAAGACAUUUGUUCCUCAAGUAUAUGCGGCCCUCGUACUUACAGAUGGUUGAAAAGGCCUACAGUGCACCAUUUCAUUCAGGUUAUGAUAAGCCCUUCAGAUCUGUACAAAUAUUUCAAAAGGAUUUCGGGCAAGCUAUUGGUCAAGGUUUCUCGGACAGACAUGCGGUAAAAGUUCAAGGUAUCAGAAGAAAGUUGAUGGGCCGUGCUCGUAACUGGCUGACGGCAAAUGCUCUGAAGCCUUACCAUUCCUGGGUUUACUGGAGAGACGCUGAUGUUGAAUUAUGUCCUGGUUCUGUUAUCCAAGACUUGAUGUCUAUUGGUUAUGACGUUGCGGUUCCCAACGUAUGGCGUCCACUUCCUGAAUUUCUUGAUGGUGAACAGCCAUACGACUUGAACUCGUGGCCCGAGUCACCGGAUGCAUUAAGGCUUGCUCAGGGGCUAGAUGAGGACGAUGUUAUCGUUGAAGGAUAUGCAGAGUACCCCACUUACAGAGUUCAUUUGGCAUAUAUCAGAGAUCCUAACGGAAAUCCCAAAGACGUUUUAGAACUAGAUGGUGUGGGUGGUGUUUCUAUUUUGGCCAAAGCUCAACUUUUUAGAAACGGUGUUCAUUUUCCUGCUUUUACGUUUGAGAACCAUGCGGAAACUGAGGCAUUUGGUAAAAUGGCCAAAAAAAUGGGGUAUAGGGUAGCCGGCUUACCAAACUAUACCCUAUGGCAUAUUUAUGAACCAAGUGAUGAUGAUCUCAAAGCUAUUGCCGAAAGGGAGCGGGGAAGCAAAAGAACGGCCGAGGGUUCACCUUAA